AGUAGUUUCAACAUGAAUAAAUAAUUGUUAUGCAGAUAUCUAACUCUGAACGACCUCCAGUAAUAGUAAACAGGGCAUCUACUUUAUAAUGCAUUCGGCUGUAUUUGCCCUGUACUUUUGUGGCAUCCGCUACCAACAGUAUUCUAUUAUACUAGCCGCAGCAUAGUGGAACUGUAAUAUCAUAUGCUGGUUCGGCUAAGCACUUAGUGUGGUAGAGUCAGGAGAAAGACCCCGCUGGCUUGCAAUUUGUGCCUGCAGAUUGGCCGCGCACAUUUCUUCCGAAUCGCCUGAUCGAUUAAGACCGCAUUAAAUCUAAGGCUGACCUCACCACCGAUCUGGAUUCGCUUUUUCACUAGCAGUUUCGCUGGUUGGUCUCUUUAUCUCCAUCACCUCUCGUCCUUUCAAAUUCACUGUCGCAGCUGCAGCUGUUUGAAUAAACAAUUUCCUUGCAUAAUGACGCUGUGCCGGCUGCAGACGCUGCUUCGUUUACCUGUCCACCGACGCCAGGCACUCGCGGUCAAGCUGCUGAAGCGGACACUGAUCCAGCCGUCGUUUAAUUACAAAUAUAUCCGGGACAAUGCAGACGAGCUGCUGGAGAAUGCCAAGCAGCGCAACGUACAUGACGCACAGCCUCACCGAGUAGGCAUUCUGUAUGACGAGUUUCGGGAUAUAACGUCGCAGAUCAACGAGCGCCGCAGCGAACUCAAUGUCCUAUCCAAACAGCUGGCACAGCAAGCCAAGGACAAGGGGCUGCAGGUCAACGCUGAGGAGCACAGGGCGAUGAUGAGCGAUCUGCGGAGUCAGGCUAAAUCGUGCAAAACUCUGGUCCAGGAGCUUGAGCGCAAAGUCAGUGGCGUCGAGGCACAGCUGAUGCAUGAAGCAGCAAAAAUCCCAAACCUAACACACCCGGACACACCAGUGGGUGGCGAACUGAAUGCGCGAACAGUCAGAAUCGAAGGUUUGCUACACACAGUUGACCGGAUACCUAACAACCCAAGCGAUCUGUCACAUCUGUCCAGUGUCGAGUUCCGCGAUCACUACGAUUUGGUACGCGACCUUGAUAUUGUCGACAUGCAGGCUGGAGCGCAGGUAGCUGGCAGCAGGUUCCACUACUGGAAGGGGGCUGGGGCGCUGCUUGAGCUAGCACUGGUGCAGUAUGCAAUGACUAGAGCGAGCGCAGCAGGAUUCAUUCCGCAUAUUACUCCCGAUGUCGCACGCAGCAGCAUUGUUGACGCAUGCGGGUUCCGGCCGCGCUCUAGUGCCGAGGAGCUGGAGCUAGACAAUGCGCUCAGUGGCGAUCUCAAGGCUAAGGCUAACAACCAGCCAUCGGGCGAGGCCAGCCAGAUCUACCGGGCCAUCCCGGUUGCUGAGGAAUCACGCAACGACGAUAAUAAUGACUCUGACCCAUUGUGUCUGGUUGCUACGGCAGAGAUUCCGCUGGUGGCAAUGAAGCAGAAACAGAUCCUUGAUGGGUCAACACUUCCAUACGCAGUGGCUGGACUCAGCCAUUGCUUCCGUGCCGAGGCUGGUGCGCGUGGACGCGACACCCGCGGAAUCUACCGGCUGCACCAGUUCACAAAGGUUGAGCUGGUAUCGCUCGCGCUGCCAGAGCAGAGCCAGACCGAGCUGGAGCGCUUGGUGGGCUUCCAGACAGCACUGUACCGAGAUCUGGGACUGACGUUCCGCAUCUUGCAGAUGCCUACGCAUGAGCUGGGCGCCAGUGCAUUCCAAAAGUUUGACAUUGAGGCGUGGAUGCCUGGACGCAGGGCGUGGGGGGAGAUCUCGAGCGCAUCGAACUGCACCGAUUACCAAGCGAGACGGCUCGGCAUUCGUGCUCGUGUGGCUGGCGGGGAUGGUGGACCCCCGGUGUUUGUCCAUACGCUGAACGCGACGGCGAUUGCUGUGCCGCGUUUGGCUGUGGCGCUGCUCGAGUCGUUCCAGCGUCCGGGCGGCGAAGUGGUUGUGCCGCAGGUGCUCCGGCCGUGGAUGAUGGGCAUGGAUGUGCUCAGGCGGCCGGCUAGCAGCUGAUAUUAGCAGGGCAGCUAGCAGUUCCUUUUUGGCGCACGCAUGUGUAGCCUGCAGCCCAGUGCAGCAUGCAGCACAUAUUGGCAAUGCACAGACAUGCGCGACAUGCACACCCCAUGGCAUCCGUGUCACCGAGUGGGAGCCGAAAAUUUAAUCAUCCGGCUUCCCGCCAGGUCCCCU